CCUCCUACAGUGGAGGCGACAUAAGUUCUCUGUCCGUCUCACUCUCUCCGUCUCUCUUUCUCUCUGUCAGUUAUUCACUUCCCUGUCUAUGGGAAGGAGCAGAGUAAAAAACAGUCGAACUUUACUGGAUAAACUUACCAAGUACACAGUUGCCGCUUGCUCGCGAGUUUUACAGAGUGUUUGAGAAGGGCUUAAAAAAUUCCCUAUUCCUUUAUCGCUGGAAAUAAGUUAUUAUUUGUUGACAUCAGUUGACUGUGGUGAGGAAUUUUAUUGUUUCGUAGCAAGAUGGAUAUGCGAGACGAUGUCCCACCUCGGCCACAGAAUGGACAAUCCAUUCACAAAUACAAGAAACUGUGCAUUCUGAAAUGGAUUUGUGUCGUUGUUACCUCGCUUCUCGUGUCGUCUGCUGCCGUUGUCGUCAUUGUUCAAACUGUGAGCGCUAUAAACAAGGUGUCCACCGACAUCGGCGGCCGGCUGUCUGCCGUGCAGGAAAAGUUCGACAGCCUGGAGAAGAAAGUGUCAGAUGAUGUCAACAAGGCGCAAAGUUCCGACAAGGCAUACAUACUAGCCGCUAUAAACCAGGUGUCCACCAUCAUCAUCAGCCGGCUGUCUGCCGUGCAGAAAAAGUUCGACAACCUGGAGGAGAAAGUGUCUGAUGACGUCAAGGCGCGAAGUUCGGACAAGGCAGGCGUGCUGACCGCAAUAAACCAAGUGUCCACCAACAUCGGCGGCCAGCUGUCUGCCGUGCAGAAAAAGUUCGACAGCCUGGAGGAGAAAGUGUCUAAGGUGGAAGAUGACGUCACCGCGCAAAGUUCGGACAAGGCAUGCGUGCUGGCCGCAAUAAACCAAGUGUCCACCAAUAUCAGCCGCCGGCUGUCUGCCGUGCAGGAAAAGUUCGACAAACUGGAGGAGAAAGUGUCUGAGGUGGAAGAUGACGUCAAGGCGCGAAGUAAGCUUAAGCUUUGCUCCCACGGCAACGGCUGUGAGCUGACCAGUAGGCCUGAAGCAAUGACCCACUGUUACACAGUGUUCGAACAGAAAACUACGUGGGCAGAUGCGAGAAAGAAAUGUGAAUCUCUCGGGGGCUUUCUGGCCGAGUUCCAUGACCAUGCCUCUCUGGAAUACGUGAAACGGGUUGUUACCACUGAUACGUCAAGGCUCUGGCUCGGCGCCACUGACCUGGGCAAAGAGGGCAUCUGGACAUGGGUCACGUCCAACAGACGUUUGUCCGUGGAAGACUGGGCCAGGACCCAGCCGGACAACUACAAGAACAACGAGCACUGCCUGGAGAUAAGAAAAGAAAUUGGGAGAAAAGUAUGGAACGACAUGCCAUGUGAUUACAAGCUGGGAUAUCUCUGUCAGAGAGACGGGGACAAAUGUGAAGGCUGGCUGUAA